UCAGCGUGGACACAGAGCUGUGAGGAGCAGAAGUGAAUAGACUGUGGAGCUUUAAUCGAGGCGGGGCGACAUUUGACGACGGUAGUUUUUCUCUCUCUCUCUCUUUCUUUUCGCUCAGUCUCAAACAUUCUCGCCAACAUGCCUCAAGCAUGACAAUAAACUGGUUUAGCUGGGUGACGUGGGGAAACCGAUGGACCUAAAACUUUAAGCGAGUCCCACCUGGACUAGAAGCGCGAUAUGUUGUGGAAAAAAACAUGGUGAAGAGAGCAAGAUGACGAAACUUUGAGGAGUAAAUAUCAUAAAGGCCAACAACAUGGCACGUCGCUCUCAGUGUUCCUCUGCUGGGGAUAACCCCCUAGACCCCAACUACCUCCCUCCUCAUUAUCGGGAAGAGUACCGCUUGGCUGUUGACGCACUGGUUGAGGAGGACUUGGAGGGAUACUACGACGUCCUCCAAAAAGCAAAUGUGGUGGACUUCCUGUCCAGACCUGAGAUUCACUUUAUUCGGAGCUCUGUUCAGGUGCCUCAGCAGAGCAGCCAGAAGGAACACCAUUUUCAUGACACUGGGGGAGAUGGUUCCUCAGACACAUACUGGCCGAUCCACUCGGACCUGGACCCACCGGGCCUGGACCUUGGCUGGCCAAACCUGCAUCACUUCAAUGUACCCACAGAGGUCACCACUCUGAUUAACCCCCCAGAGCCUUACAUGCCGAGUAUCAAGGAACAGGCGCGGAGACUUAUUAAGAAUGCUCAGCAGGUGAUUGCCAUAGUGAUGGACAUGUUUACUGAUAUUGACAUGUUUGCGGAUAUUCUCAAUGCUGCCAUGAGGAAUGUUGCCGUCUAUGUUAUUUUAGACGAGCAGAAUGCACAUCACUUCACCAACAUGGUGUCCAACUGCAGAGUAAAUCUACAGAGCAUCCAGUUUCUACGUGUGAGAACAGUGACUGGCACCACAUACCACUGUCGCUCAGGGAAAACCUUCAAAGGUCAGAUGAUGGAUCGCUUCUUGUUGACAGACUGCAGGGCUGUGCUGAGUGGAAACUACAGCUUCAUGUGGUCUUUCGAGAAGAUACACCGUUGUAUGGCACACCUUUUCCUUGGACAGCUUGUAUCAACUUUUGAUGAAGAGUUUCGGAUUCUGUUUGCUCAGUCACAACCUCUGAUGAUUGAAAAUGUGCCUGCUCCAAUGGAAGAGUUUAACCCUCUACAAAAGAGGCAAUUCCCACAUGAAAGAACUUCACUGUACAGAGACCCCAGGAAGUGUCAUCCAGAUGAUGAUCGUACUGAUAUUGAUUGGAGAAUGAUGCCCCUUAAAAAUCCUGCAGAUCCGCACAGAAGGUUUUCAUCCAUGCAGUCACUAGUAGAUCCCUCAUUGGAUCAGGGCCACUCCAGGAUGCCCACUAUGGAUAAUCCUGCCUUCAAACGGCACAGUUUCGCUGAAGGUGGUCAUGGUAGAUACUCUUAUCCAUUCCUGCAGCCACAGGAGUUGCCAGACCUUGAAUCCCAGGGAAGGCAUUUUGACAGGGGCCAGCAGUCAAAUGUAAGAGCAGGACCCGAGGCAAACUACAGUGGCUAUGACACAUUUUGGAAUCAAGACAAGUCAGGUCAUUCAGCAGAUGAGUAUUCUGAUCCUGGCUUACCACAAGACACGGAUAACUUUGAUCCUGUGCUACACUAUUUAUCAUCUACCAGAAAUGUAGAAUUUGACAACGCCUCAGACAGCUUCCUGCCUGCAGGAGAUUUACCAUUAAGUUACCCUAGAAGAUCGAGUUUAGACCAGUCAUAUGCAUGUCAAACCUCACCCACACCCUCUAAUCCAACUGAUCAGAAGCAGUUUUUCCCACCUAGCAGUGAUCGCAAGGAUCCCAUAGUGAAACGGGGGCUAAGAAACUAUAGGCUUAGCUCUUACCUCAGUGCUUACGAUAAUCCAGGAGAUGAAGGCCUGCCACUGGCACCAUCUCAAGUGCCAGAUCCUUUGGACGAACAAUCUAAUCCCGCCAUACAGCAGAAAAAAACAGGCACGCACUUUUCAGUUCCUAAAAUCCCUCAAUUCAGAGAAUUUAAGGUUCCUGCUUUACGCAGGGCAAGUCAGAUGCCAAAUUAUAUCAAACAUGUACAAGAGCAAUCGGAGAAAUCACCUGAUGAAAGUACUGCAGUGGGAGUGGAAACCAAAUCAACACCAACACCUUCAGAAUCAUCAUCCACAACUGAGGGAGACAAGACAGAGGAGGCAGAGCAAAAGGAACCAAAGACUAGUGUUGUUCGAAGGGAGGAGUCGUUCCGUAGGAAAUACAAUCCAGCAGUACCGAGAAGUUCGAGAUUAAGAUCUUCUCUGAUAUUCAGCUCUCUGGACCAGCAAACUGCUGCAGGGCAACAGGAUGAGGAGGGUGACAAGGCAGAACAGACAAAAUUACCUUUUGCUUCUCAGAUUUUGGGACAAAAAAGAUCUGCUACAAAAGAACCUUUUGAAUGGAGUCGUUACAUAAAAUCAGCCACUUUUGAUGGCUCCGGACUUGAAGCUUCAAAACCAGAUGACGGAACUAGUAAAGCAGAAGAGAGAGAUUCAUCCUCAAAGGAUGAAAAUUCAAAGAAUCCACCAGAAAACCCUGAGGUACAAGAGUCAUUAAAACAAUCAGAUGAAGCUGAGCUGCCCAAAACUGAUCAACUAGUACAACCACCCAAAUCUUUGCUCACUCCACUCUUUUUAGAUAUGAGUGAUCCUGAUGAGAGGCUCAAGUUUUUCAAAGAGAUGGCAGCCAAACGCAAAGCUACAAAGGCUGCAGAAGGUGAAAAGAGCACAGUGCAGGCUCCGAUGAAAGCAACAACUGAUCUUAAUGUCAGUGAUGAAACUAAGAAGUGGGGCAGUCAGGUCAAUAAUGACCCCAAUACCUCCAAAUGUUGUGAAGAGGAACAAACCACAGUCUCAACUGAUUCAGAGAAAAUAGAGAUGAAGAACAACCAAGCAGCGUCCUUGCCUGUUUGUGCAGAAACAGAAACCCCUCAGAGUGAACCAUCAGAAGACACAAAGCUAUCAAAACGUGCUGUAAAAGGCCCUAGUCCCUGUCAGUCACCUAUAACACCUGUUCCAUCUCUUGUGCAAGUUACUGAUAAAAGUGAAAAACCUAAUUCCAUUCCUCAGACCACUUGUAGUCCCACAGCUUUCAGCUUUGCCCCUCUUUCCACUCCAGCAGAGACUGUAUCAUCUGAUAUCACCCAAGAAGACUCAAGCUCAACCCUGACCUCCAGCAUACUGUCCCCAAUAUCUGACAAAAUAAAAGCAAAGGAAUGUUUCAGCCCCCCCCUACCUGACUCGGCCCAAUCAGCGGACGAAGCUUUACAAACAUACACUUCUUCUGACGUGCAAGCAAAAUCCACUCAAGCUCUGUUAGAUUCUGUAGCAGUUGACUCCUCUCAUGUUGAAUUUGAUAUUUCUCCUGACACAUGUGCUGCCGGUUCAGUGCCCUCCUCAUUAGAGUCCACUACAAAGACAAACUCUGAGGAAUCUUGUUGGAUAUUGUCUGAUUCACAAAGAGAUGCUCUUCAAUCAGAAAACAGCCCCAUUGCAGAGGAAUUUGAGGUUUCCUCCAGUGUUCUUGCAUCACCAAAGGACACCAAAGCUGAUAGCAUAACUCCUAGCCUUAGCUCUCCAUCAACUGAGUGGUGUUUACCCAUUGUAUCUGAUCUGGAAAGUGGUUACUCUACAUCAGACCAAAAAGGGGCCAUUACUCCUAACUGUACCCCAGGAGACGCUGCAGAUGAGCAAUCAGACAUCCCUCCUGAUGCCCCCCAGUCUGAAAGAAGUGCAUGUUCUCAAGAUGCACCGACACUAGCAAACUAUCCCUCAGAACUUUACCCAACAAGCUCUGACUCUCCCAUUCCUGCUGAAACAAUACCAUGUUCUUCUCCUCUGUCUGACUCAUUUGGAUCUGUCAUGUCCCCUAAGGCUGAAAAAACAAAAACCAACAUGCCUGUAUUGCACAGUUCCUCAGAUACUAUUUCUUUUACCAGUGAGACGCCAACAGACUCAAACAAAGCUCCGCACCCAACAGAAUCUCCCUUUAGUCCAACUGGGCCUACCUCAAUAGUCACAUCAGUCACAACAGAACCUGAUCUGCCAAGCAAAAGAUCUGAAUCUGUUACAUCUGAAAGCCACACUUCAGAGUCAUCUGUACCUGCCGAUAUUAGUUUUACAGAUGAGCAUGAACUGUCUGAACCUUUUGAGGAAGCAAAUGUGGACACUGAAGCUACAAACAAGGUAAAUAAUAGUACUACACGGGAAUCAAAUGACCAAGCAAGGCAAAAUAACUGCUCGAAGUUAGCAGAAUCUGCAUCAGAUGAAGUCGUUCCUCUGUCGCCACAGUCCGAGAAGCCGAAAUCAACCCAGUCUCGCUACCACUCAUCAACUGCCAAAGUGCUUUCAAGCAGCAACCUCAGAGAUGAUACAAAGCUUCUACUAGGGCAAAUUUCCGCAAAUAGCCAAAACAGGAAUGAGAUGACCAAAGAGCUUUCUGUCACUGAUGAUGAGAAAGAAGAUAAAGCUGAUAAAAAUGCCAUAAGUGCGAAAGAAAGAGGGAUCAGGUCAUUCGGCAGAGCACCGCCGAAGUCAGCUGAGGAGCGCAAGGAACUGCUGGAGAAGAUCCAGAGCAUGAGGAAGGACAAGAAAGUUUACAGUCGCUUUGAGAUGGCACCUUAGGUGGGAUACGAAGAAAGUUGUGAGGAUAAAUAGUAUAUCCGGAAAAAAAUGCAAAACACGAUGGAAAAGUGAAAGGAUGAACAAGACAUUUUCUUAAGAAAGACAUGAACUUACAGAAUGAAACUCCUACAAAUUAGUACAGAUGUGCCAUGAUUGACAAAGGGCUUCCUUCGACGGGUGAGUCACCAAGUUUCUUCGGGUGAAAAUGACAUGGACUGAGACUACGUAUGUGUGAUGUUUUUACUGACUUCAUGGGUGAAGUGCAAUGUUUGCAAAAGUUUCUGUUAUGGAAUCUGUCCUUGCCUUUUUUUUACAGCAUUGACAGCCAUCACAUAAAUAUCAGUUGGGGGUUUCAAGUGUAACAUAUAAUCUAAAGUAUCCCAAUACUUGUAAAAGGGUAUCAUAACAUGCUGUCAUGUAUUUGACAAUCAUUUUAAACAAAGAUGCUGAUAAAAAUGUGUUUUUGUGAAACAGGUGGAUAUGUAAAUUCAUAUCCAUGCAGGAGUGUAAAUGUUUUGAUAGGAAUUAAUUGUAAUUGUUUAAUUUUCUGAAAUCUUAAUCAAACAUGAACAAAACUACAAAUUGUGAACAGUGCAUAUGACAUUGCAAACCAUACAGUAUGUGUUAUGUUUCUUUUUCUCUUAUACAGUGAGAGUCUUUAAGAUGUCAGUUUAAGUUAAGUUAAUUCUACCAAAUUACACGCACAAAAAAUAUGCAAACAUAUGUUCAAGCUUACCUCUGUGGUACAUUGCCAUGCAGAUACCUACCUGUCAUUAUUAUUUUUAUUUUUGUUAGUUUUUUGAGGCCAAUGCUAAUACUUGACACAUGACAGUCUUAACCCCUAUUUGUACAGACUUUGAGAUAUUUUUCACAACAAAACAAUGAAGGUAAAAAUACUGUUUGAGCGACACUAGAGUCAGAUCAAAGCCAUAGCAACAUGGAUGGCUACAUUCCACUGCAGAUGAAAACAUGGUGUCAUUUCUUUGUAAUUUGGAUGAACCAACCCUUUUCUAUUGUCUCUGAAAAUUUGCCUGAACUUGUAAUUCUCCCUGAAAAUGUGCCUUUUUCAAUAAAAACCUGUCAUGCCUGUUUAAAAAAUAAAUUUUGAAACAGCAAAGAAUUUACAUUGUUAUGUGACGAAUUUUUAUUAUGCAUGUUAAACUUUUUAAAUGGAUUUAUGGUGGUCGUAAAUAUUUGUUUUUUAUUAAAAAUGUGUCUUUAUCAGGAUAUCUAU